AGUCUCACCACAGAAGCAAAAAGUCGUGAAGUGCUUUUAAAACGUACGAGUUUGGACAGUGAGUCAGUAACGAACUCUUCCUUCAAAGCUUCAAGCUUUCAACUUGUCUGGACAUCAGUUUAGCCUAUGAACACUUUGAGCAGCUGAGAUCUCCUCACCAGCUCAAGAUCUAGGGUUUCCGUUUCUUUUUCCGCCAUGGAGGAGAAGGUAGUCGCUGUAAUCAUGGUGGGCGGGCCAACCAAAGGCACUAGAUUUCGGCCUCUUUCAUUCAACACUCCGAAACCUCUGUUCCCAUUGGCUGGGCAAGCUAUGGUGCACCAUCCCAUUUCAGCUUGUAAAAGGAUACCGAAUUUGGCUCAAAUCUUUUUAGUUGGAUUCUAUGAAGAGCGGGAAUUCGCACUGUAUGUGUCUUCCAUCUCCAAUGAGCUCAAAGUACCAGUGAGGUACUUGAGAGAGGACAAGCCGCAUGGCUCUGCCGGUGGCCUUUAUUACUACAGAGAUAUUAUCAUGGAAGACAGCCCGUCGUAUAUCUUUUUGCUGAAUUGUGAUGUUUGCUGCAGUUUUCCACUACCAGACAUGCUUGAGGCUCAUAAAGGAUAUGGUGGGAUGGGUACAAUGUUAGUAAUCAAGGUUUCUGCUGAAUCUGCCAACCAGUUUGGGGAGUUGGUUGCUGAUCCAACCACCAAAGAACUUUUGCAUUACACCGAGAAACCAGAGACUUUUGUGAGUGAUUUGAUAAACUGUGGUGUUUAUGUAUUUACCCCAGACAUUUUUACUGCCAUUCAAGAUGUCUCUACUCACCGAGAGGGCAGAGCUAAUUUACGUCGCAUCUCCAGCUUUGAAGCCCUCCAGUCUGCAACAAGGACUCUUCCUACAGACUUUGUCAGAUUGGAUCAAGAUAUUUUGUCACCUCUUGCUGGAAAGAAGCAACUCUAUACAUAUGAGACCAUGGAUUUCUGGGAACAGAUAAAGACUCCAGGAAUGUCUUUGAAGUGUUCGGGUUUGUAUCUUUCUCAAUUCCGAAUUAACUCUGCACAUCUUUUAGCUAGUGGAGAUGGUACAAAGAACGCCACAGUUGUUGGUAAUGUUUAUGUUCAUCCUUCAGCAAAAGUGCAUCCAACUGCUAAGAUUGGUCCCAACGUCUCUCUUUCAGCAAAUGUUCGUGUAGGUGCAGGGGUAAGGCUUAUAAGUUGCAUUGUCUUGGAUGACGUGGAAAUCAAGGAAAAUGCAGUUGUUAUACAUGCUAUUGUUGGAUGGAAGUCGUCUAUUGGCAAAUGGUCGCGUGUCCAGGCUGACGGAGAUUACAAUGCAAAACUUGGAAUCACAAUCCUUGGAGAAGAGGUGACUGUCGAAGACGAAGUUGUGGUGAUUAACAGCAUUGUUCUCCCAAAUAAGAUUCUUAAUGUUAGCGUACAAGAGGAAAUCAUUUUGUAAUACUGAAGGGAUAGAUUGCAAAAGCUUCCUGGUUUUGUUUUCUACUCGUGUGCAUGCCAGAGUUUUUUGCUUAAAUUAUUUUGGUUAACUAUAUUGUAUGAUUGAGCUACAAGAACAGCUAGGCAACAUUUUUAUUCAGACAGCAACAGAAAAGAAAAUUUUUGUUAUAAGUCACUAUUUUGUUGAAGGAAAUGUUUCUGAAUA